AUGGGUGCCCCCCGGCCGAUCCUGGCCCUCCUCUUGCACCUGGCGGCGUCCUGCUGGGCCAUCAGCUCCAUGGACGCGGACCGGCCCGGGGACGGGCGCUGCCAGCCCGUCGAGAUCCCCAUGUGCAAGGACAUCGGCUACAACAUGACCCGCAUGCCCAACCUGAUGGGCCACGAGGACCAGCGGGAGGCGGCCAUCCAGCUGCACGAGUUCGCCCCCCUGGUGGAGUACGGCUGCCACGGCCACCUGAAGUUCUUCCUCUGCUCCCUCUACGCCCCCAUGUGCACCGAGCAGGUCUCUGCCCCCAUCCCGGCCUGCCGGGUCAUGUGCGAGCAGGCCCGCCUGAAGUGCUCCCCCGUCAUGGAGCAGUUCACCUUCAAGUGGCCCGACUCCCUGGACUGCAGCAAGCUGCCCAACAAGAACGACCCCAACUACCUGUGCAUGGAGGCCCCCAGCAACGGGUCCGAGGAGCCUCCCCGGGGGUCCAGCAUUCUGCCCCCCCUGUUCCGGCCCCAGAGGCCCCAGACCGCCGGCCACGACCUGCAGCAGCCCAAGGACGGGCCCGGGUGGGCCGCUUGCGAGAACCCCGGCAAGUUCCACCACGUGGAGAAGAGCGCCUCGUGCGCCCCACUCUGCGCGCCCGGGGUGGACGUCUACUGGAGCCGAGAGGACAAGCGCUUCGCCGUCAUCUGGAUCGCUGUCUGGUCCGUCCUCUGCUUCUUCUCCAGCGCCUUCACCGUCCUCACCUUCCUGGUGGAUCCCCAGCGCUUCCGGUACCCCGAGCGGCCCAUCAUUUUCCUCUCCAUGUGCUACUGCGUCUACUCAGUGGGGUACAUCAUCCGCCUCUUUUCGGGGGCCGAGAGCAUCGCCUGUGACCGAGACAGCGGCCAGCUCUACGUCAUCCAGGAGGGCCUGGAGAGCACCGGCUGCACCCUAGUCUUCCUGGUGCUGUAUUAUUUUGGGAUGGCCAGCUCCUUGUGGUGGGUGAUCUUGACCUUGACUUGGUUUCUGGCGGCAGGCAAGAAAUGGGGCCACGAAGCCAUCGAGGCCAACAGCAGCUACUUCCACUUGGCGGCGUGGGCCGUCCCAGCGGUGAAAACCAUCAUGAUCUUGGUGAUGCGGAGGGUGGCUGGGGACGAGCUCACGGGCUUGUGCUAUGUGGGCAGCAUGGACGUCAACGCCUUGACCGGGUUUGUCCUGGUCCCCUUGGCUUGCUACCUGAUCAUAGGGACCUCUUUCAUCCUCUCUGGCUUUGUGGCCCUUUUCCAUAUUAGGAGGGUGAUGAAAACUGGCGGGGAAAACACCGACAAGCUGGAGAAGCUCAUGGUCCGGAUCGGGGUCUUCUCGGUCUUGUACACGGUGCCCGCCACUUGCGUCAUCGCUUGCUAUUUUUACGAGAGGUUGAACAUGGAUUACUGGAAGGUCUUGGCCGUCCAGCAGAAGUGUCAGGUGAACGACCAGACGAAGCAUCUGGACUGCUCCAUGAGCGCCUCGAUUCCGGCCAUAGAGAUUUUCAUGGUCAAAGUGUUCAUGUUGCUGGUGGUGGGGAUUACCAGCGGCAUGUGGAUCUGGACCUCGAAAACCCUCCAGUCCUGGCAAAGCGUUUGCCGUCGGAGGCUAAAGAAGAGGACGCGGAGAAAACCCGCCAGCGUGAUCGCAAGUAGCGGACUUUACAAAAAGCCCCAACAUCUGCCUAAAAUGCACCAUGCAAAAUAUGAGUCGGCUCCGCAGCCCCCCACCUGCGUGUGAGCAGAAUGUAUAAUUUAACUGCGUAACUCACGUAGAAAAACUCACACGUGCUCGCCAUAGCUGUCAGAACUAAAGAGAAUAAUAUUAAUUAAUUAAU